AGCACAUGUUUACUAUCCAGGGAAGAGGUGGAGGGUUGAGCUGGGGGGCGCACAGACACUGGACCUGUCUCAGCAGGAUGUCUGUGAAUGCUCGCAUUUGCUGUUUGGGGAUUUAUCCUUUGUGUUUUGUUGAUAUUGUGGAGAAGUAAUCGCAAGACUUUGGCUAUGCCUGAGAAAGGAGAGGAAUCUCCACCUGGCUGCAGUCCCGCUGCAGACCAGUGGGACGAGCCUCAUCCUCACCCCCCUCCACCAGACCAACAUUCCCUGUCAAGACAUGAACCUACCUCAAAGCCCAAUAACGUGAACCGUCCUGAAGCCAGCCAGCAGGCCUCCUCGGAGAGGAGCUCAGAGACCAAACUGCCUGACACCCAGAAACCUUCCACAUCCACUGUGCCAAUGGUCAAAUCAGGACCUGGGUCAAGGGAGAAGCUCAAAUUCAUUCUUGGGGCAUCAGAAGAUAAUUCUUCAGAUGAGGAGCCUUUGACAGCCAAGCCUCCGAGUGGUUCUUCUCAAACAGCGACGUCUACUGUCAGACCCCCGCCUCAGCAAAUUGCAGCACCGCCACCCAGCUCCUCAGGCAUCAAGCCUAGCAUGUCCGGUCCUCACCUGGUGAAAAAAGGACGGGAACACCGAAAGAUGGAUCUCCACAGGGACUUCACCGUUGCUUCGCCUGCAGAGUUUGUGACCCGCUUUGGUGGCAACCGAGUCAUUGAAAAAGUGCUGAUCGCAAACAAUGGUAUUGCUGCAGUCAAAUGUAUGCGCUCUAUCCGACGCUGGUCCUACGAAAUGUUUCGCAAUGAGAGGACAAUUCGCUUUGUGGUCAUGGUGACCCCGGAAGACUUGAAAGCCAAUGCAGAAUACAUCAAGAUGGCUGACCACUAUGUACCAGUUCCGGGUGGGGCCAAUAACAACAACUAUGCCAAUGUUGAGCUGAUUGUGGACAUCGCCAAAAGAAUCCCAGUGCAGGCUGUGUGGGCUGGUUGGGGUCAUGCUUCAGAAAACCCCAAAUUGCCUGACUUGUUAAGUAAAGCUGGGAUUUCAUUUUUAGGGCCGCCCAGCAAGGCCAUGUGGGCUCUGGGGGAUAAAGUGGCAUCAUCCAUCGUGGCCCAGAGCGCAGACAUUCCCACGCUACCUUGGAGUGGAUCAGGGCUGAAAAUUGACUGGACAGAUGAAGAUCAAAUGCUGGGCCACGUGAUCAGUGUUCCACCAGAGAUCUACUCUAAAGGCUGCGUCCAUGAUGUGGAGGAUGGGCUCAAGGGAGCUGAAAAAAUUGGCUACCCAGUUGUCAUAAAGGCGUCCGAGGGUGGAGGUGGAAAAGGCAUCCGAAAAGUAGAAAGCGCUGAUGAUUUUCCAAGCUCUUUCAGACAGGUUCAGACGGAGGUUCCUGGCUCGCCCAUUUUUAUCAUGCAGCUGGCCCAACAUGCCCGACACUUGGAGGUUCAGAUCCUGGCUGACCAGUACGGCAACGCUAUCUCACUUUUUGGACGUGAUUGUUCCAUACAAAGGAGGCAUCAGAAGAUCAUAGAGGAGGCUCCGGCCACUAUUGCUGCGCCCUCUACCUUUGAGCAAAUGGAGCAGUAUGCAGUGAAACUGGCCAAGAUGGUCGGCUAUGUGAGCGCAGGAACUGUGGAGUAUCUCUUCUCAGAGGAUGGAAGUUUCCAUUUCCUGGAGUUGAAUCCUCGUCUUCAGGUGGAGCAUCCGUGCACAGAGAUGAUUGGAGACGUGAAUCUCCCUGCUGCACAGCUUCAGAUUGCCAUGGGUAUUCCUCUGCUGAGGAUCAAGGACAUCCGCAUGCUGUAUGGAGAAACUCCGUGGGGAGACUCCUUCAUUAACUUUGAAAACCCAGACUGCAUGCCCAGCCCGAGGGGGCACGUCAUUGCUGCUCGCAUCACCAGCGAAAACCCAGAUGAGGGCUUCAAACCCAGCUCCGGCACCGUGCAGGAGUUGAACUUCCGCAGCAGUAAGAAUGUCUGGGGUUACUUCAGUGUUGGAGCCACUGGUGGCCUGCAUGAGUUCGCGGACUCACAGUUUGGACACUGUUUCUCCUGGGGGGAGAAUCGUGAGGAAGCCAUAUCGAACAUGGUAGUGGCUAUGAAGGAGCUGUCAAUCAGAGGGGACUUCAGAACCACAGUAGAGUAUCUCAUUAAGUUGCUGGAGACUGAAAGCUUCAGAAACAAUGACAUCGACACCGGCUGGCUGGACCACCUUAUAGCAGAAAAAGUGCAGGCGGAAAGACCCGACACCAUGCUUGGUAUUGUUUGUGGAGCUUUGCAUGUUGCUGAUGCAAACUUCAGAAAGAGUAUGUCGGAUUUUCUGCAUUCACUGGAACGAGGCCAGGUCAUGCCUGCUGCCAGUCUCCUCAACUGUGUUAGUGUGGACCUCAUUUAUGAAGGUGUCAAAUUCUGUCUGAAGGUGGCUCGACAAUCCCCCACUACGUAUGUUGUCAUGAUGAACGGCUCAGACAUUGAGAUAGAUGUCCACCGGCUGAGCGAUGGCGGUCUUCUACUGUCCUAUGAUGGCAGCAGCCACACCACCUACAUGAAGGAGGAGGUGGACAGCUACCGCAUCACAGUUGGAAACAAGACCUGUAUAUUUGAAAAAGAAAAAGACCCGACUGUUCUAAGAUCCCCGUCCGCUGGCAAACUCCUGCAGUAUGUUAUUGAGGAUGGAUGCCACGUAUUUGCUGGGGACACAUAUGCAGAGAUAGAGGUGAUGAAGAUGGUGAUGACUCUGACGGUGCAGCAGUCGGGUUGUAUUCAUUUUGUCAAGCGACCUGGUGCAGUUCUGCAGUCCGGCUGCGUGGUGGCGCACAUGGAGCUAGAUGACCCCAGCAGUAUUCAUAAGGUGGAGCUCAACACAGCCACACUACCUCCGCAGCAGCCUCUCCCCAUCAUCGGGGAAAAGCUCCACCAAAUUUUCCACUGUGUCCUGGAAAACUUGAUUAAAGUCAUGGACGGUUAUUGUCUGGAGGAGCCCUACUUCAGCACCAAGUUAAAACGGUGGGUAGCAACACUCAUGAAGACCCUCAGGGACCCCUCUCUUCCACUGCUGGAGCUGCAGGAGAUAAUGACGAGUGUGGCAGGUCGAAUUCCUCCAAGUGUUGAGAAAGACAUCCGGAAAGUUAUGGCUCAGUACGCGAGCAACAUCACCUCUGUGCUCUGCCAGUUUCCCAGUCAGAGGAUUGCAAAUAUCCUUGACAGCCAUGCAGCCACGCUCCAGAGAAAGGCCGACCGGGAGGUGUUUUUUAUCAACACCCAGAGUAUCGUUCAGCUGGUGCAGCGGUACCGCAGUGGAAUCCGUGGUUACAUGAAGUCUGUGGUUCUGGACCUGCUAAAGCGGUACUUGCAGGUUGAGGCCCAGUUUCAGCAAGCUCACUAUGAUAAAUGUGUCAUCAACCUGAGAGAGCAACACAAGCCCGACAUGAGUCCGGUGCUGGAGUACAUCUUCUCUCAUGCACAAGUCCCCAAGAAGAACAUCCUGGUCACAAUGCUCAUAGAUCAGCUGUGUGGAAGGGAUCCAACUCUAGCAGAUGAGCUGAUGACAAUUCUGAACGAGUUCACGCAGCUCAGCAAGAUGGAGAACUCAAAGGUUGCCCUGCGAGCGAGACAGGUGCUGAUUGCUUCGCAUUUACCAUCAUAUGAGCUGAGACACAACCAGGUAGAAUCCAUCUUCCUGUCGGCCAUUGACAUGUACGGUCACCAGUUUUGCCCUGAGAACUUGAAGAAACUGAUCCUGUCCGAGACGUCCAUUUUCGAUGUCCUGCCCAAUUUCUUCUAUCACUCCAACCAGGUUGUCUGCAUGGCAGCUCUUGAGGUGUAUGUGCGAAGAGCAUACAUCGCCUACGAGCUAAAUAGCAUCCAGCACCACCAGCUGCUCGACGGGACGUGUGCUGUGGACUUCCAGUUCAUGCUGCCAUCGUCACACCCAAACAGAGGAAGCAGUCCUACUUUGAACAGAAUCCCCGUCCCUUUGAAUGCAGCGGGCCAGUUCAAAAUGCGACGGCAGAGCAGUGAGCUCUUCCUGGAUGGAGCUUUGUCUCCUCCCUGUCAGCGUCUCGGAGCCAUGGUUGCUUUUCAGUGUUUCGAUGACUUCAAAAGGACGUUUGAUGAGGUUCUCUCCAGCUUUGCCGAGCCUCUUCUGGAGACUGGGUCGAUUGCAGAGUCAUGUGCGAGUCUCUAUGAGGAGGAGAGUUUUAAGAAUACAAAAGAAAAUCCGAUCCACAUCAUUAAUGUUUCAAUAAAGACGGCCGACACGGAAGACGACGACGCCUUGGUCUCAGCCUUCACAGCAUUUGCACAAUCCAAGAGAGAAAUCCUCUUUGAGUACGGAAUCAGACGAAUCACGUUUUUGGUUGCACAGAAGCGAGAAUUCCCUAAGUUCUUCACGUUCAGAGCGAGAGAUGGGUUCCAAGAGGAUCGUAUUUAUCGUAACCUGGAGCCAGCCUUAGCAUUUCAACUGGAACUCAAUCGAAUGAGGAACUUCGACUUGACUGCAGUGCCCUGUGCCAACCACAAGAUGCAUCUGUACCUGGGUGCUGCUCGAGUUCAGGAGGGAGCUGAAGUUACAGAUUAUAGAUUCUUUGUGAGAGCCAUCAUCCGUCACUCAGAUCUCAUCACCAAGGCAACGUCAUUUGAAUACCUGCAAAAUGAGGGAGAGCGUCUCCUGCUGGAGGCCAUGGAUGAAUUGGAGGUAGCCUUCAGCAAUACCAAUGUACGGACUGACUGCAACCACAUCUUCCUCAACUUCGUCCCCACUGUCAUCAUGGACCCCUCCAAAAUUGAGGAAUCUGUGCGCUCUAUGGUGAUGCGCUACGGAAGCCGCCUUUGGAAGCUACGCGUCUUGCAAGCUGAGCUUAAAAUUAACAUCCGGCUAACUCCUACUGGGAAUGCCAUCCCUAUUCGCCUGUUCCUCACCAAUGAGUCCGGCUACUACCUGGACAUCAGUCUGUAUAAGGAGGUGACCGAUCCAAGUUGUGGUCAGAUAAUGUUCCAGUCAUAUGGAGACAAGCAGGGUCCUCUGCAAGGCAUGUUGAUCAACUCGCCAUAUGUGACCAAAGAUCUGCUGCAGGCCAAACGCUUCCAAGCACAAACUCUGGGAACUACCUAUGUCUAUGACUUCCCUGAGAUGUUUCGACAGGCGCUGUUCAAGAUGUGGGGCCCUGGCGACUCCUGUCCUAAAGAUGUGCUCAUAUGCACAGAGCUGGUGCUGGACCCGCAGGGCCGACUGGUGCAGAUGAACCGCCUCCCUGGAGACAACAAUGUGGGCAUAGUUGCCUUUCGAAUGAAGAUGAGGACUCCAGAGUAUCCAGAGGGCCGAGACAUCAUUGUCAUCUGUAACGACAUCACUCACAUGAUCGGUUCCUUUGGGCUUCAGGAGGACGAGCUGUUCCUCAGGGCUUCAGAGCUGGCUCGGGCGGAAGGUAUCCCCCGUGUCUACAUUGCUGCUAACAGUGGUGCUCGUAUCGGCCUUGCCGAGGAUAUCAAGCACAUGUUCCAUGUGGCCUGGAUCGACCCCUCUGACCCGUAUAAGGGUUUUAAAUACCUCUACCUGACGCCACAUGACUACACACGCAUCAGCUCUACUAACGCUGUUCACUGUCAACAUGUGGAAGACUGUGGGGAGUCCAGAUACAUCAUCACGGACGUCAUCGGGAAUGAAGACAGUCCUGGUGUUGAAAACCUGCGGGGUUCAGGCACCAUUGCUGGAGAAUCAUCCCAGGCUUAUGAGGAGAUCAUAACUAUCAGUAUGGUCACUUGCCGUGCCAUUGGGAUUGGAGCGUAUUUGGUACGUUUGGGGCAACGGGUGAUCCAGGUGGAGAACUCACACAUCAUCCUCACUGGUGCGGGAGCACUGAACAAGGUUUUGGGAAGGGAAGUCUAUACCUCCAGCAACCAACUGGGAGGAAUCCAGAUCAUGCACAACAAUGGUGUGACGCACACGACUGUGCCGGAUGACUUUGACGGUGUUUACACCAUCCUGCAGUGGCUCUCCUACAUGCCCAAGAACAAACACUCCCCUGUUCCUGUGAUUGAGACCAAGGAUCCAGUAGAGAGAGAGAUAGAUUUCACCCCAACGAAAGCCCCCUAUGACCCUCGCUGGAUGCUGGCAGGGAGACCUCACCCCACGAUCCGAGGAGCCUGGCAGAGUGGAUUCUUCGACCAUGGCUCGUUCAUGGAGAUCAUGGAGUCUUGGGCUCAGACUGUGGUGGUGGGCAGAGCAAGGUUGGGAGGAAUCCCACUUGGAGUCAUCGCUGUGGAAACGCGGACAGUGGAGCUGACUGUCCCAGCAGAUCCCGCAAACCUGGAUUCUGAGUCCAAAGUUCUGCAGCAGGCUGGGCAGGUUUGGUUUCCAGAUUCAGCGUUCAAAACGGCUCAGGCAAUUUCGGACUUCAACCGUGAGCGUCUGCCUCUCAUGGUGUUUGCCAACUGGAGGGGCUUCUCUGGAGGAAUGAAGGAUAUGUAUGAUCAGGUGUUGAAAUUUGGGGCCUAUAUUGUUGACGCCCUGCGCACUUUCCGUCAACCGGUGCUGGUAUACAUUCCUCCACAUGCUGAGCUCAGAGGGGGGUCCUGGGUGGUGAUUGACCCUACCAUCAACCCACUGUGUAUGGAGCUGUAUGCUGAUAAAGAGAGCAGAGGUGGAGUUUUGGAGGCUGAGGGAACAGUGGAGAUCAAAUUUAGGAGGAAAGACUUGCUGAAAACCAUGAGAAGACUGGACAAGGUUUAUGCUAGCCUGGUGGAAAAGCUUGCUUCCCCAGAACUGUCUGAUAAACAGAGUAAAGAGCUGGAAGCGAAGCUCAGAGCACGAGAGGAGUUCCUACUGCCCAUCUACCACCAGGUGGCGGUACAGUUUGCUGACCUCCAUGAUACACCUGGAAGGAUGCAGGAAAAAUCUGUUAUUAAUGAUAUCUUGGAGUGGAAGAAUGUAAGGAGCUUCUUCUACUGGCGUCUACGGCGCCUCCUGUUGGAGCAGGCGGUGAAGUGUGAGAUCCUGCAGGCCAACAAAGAUCUCAGUGACGGUCACAUGCAGUCGAUGCUGCGACGCUGGUUCGUGGAGACUGAGGGAACCGUCAAAGCUUAUCUAUGGGACAAUAACCAGGCUGUGGUUGAGUGGCUGGAAAAGCAUUGGUCGUUGGAGGACGGGACUCGAGCUGCCAUCCGGGAAAACAUCAAGUACCUGAAGAGGGAAAACGCAUUGAAACACAUUCGCAGCCUUGUCCAGGCCAACCCCGAUGUGGCCAUGGAUUGCAUCAUCCACAUGAGCCAGAACAUCACUCCGUCCCAGAGAGCCAAACUGUCGCACCUGCUGGCAACUAUGGACAACACCAGCACCAGUUAAGCUAAAGCACCACUCAACUACCCACCAUUUUUUUUGGUCCAGAAAUAACAAUGGUUACACACGUUUCACUUUUAGAAUGUGUACAAUGUUUGUCAUAUUUUUUCCUUCUUAUUAGCAGCUUCACUGAAAUAUUUUUAAUUUUAUUUCAUGAUUCUUGAAUGUUGAAUUUGAGGUUUUUGCUAUAAUAAUUCUCAGACCUAUAAAAGUGUGAAAGCUGAUGAUGGCAAGCAAUAAUGUAACCAGUGCCAGAACCUUCAAUAAGCACAAGCAACAGCUGUCGUAAAAGAUCACACUUCUGUCAUGCUGUCACCCUCAUGUGCCUUAUCUGAAAGGUUUUUGAGUGUCUACUUAAAGUCUUUCAUGAAAACUUUGUUUGAAAUGAUCAAUUUUAUGAUCAUCAAUGUCAUGCAACGAAACAUUUCUGUGCCAGAGAAAAGUCAAUUCAUGCUGAAUCAACUUAAUAUGUUCUGUAUUUACCAAUACUGAAAUGUAGAUGUGCUACUUGAGGAGAGUUGGAGUGUAUUUGUCCUUGUGUUGUUUGACUUUUACUUUGUGUUUGUUCAGUCAAAGGAAUGAUAGUUGCUGUUUGAGAAACUGUGGAAAUGAACUUGAGCUCAUGCACAUUUGGGUCGGACGAUUUUAUGACUCCCAAGUGAUGACGAUUCAGUCUGUAAAGUUACGCCCCCCAAAAUAUGUGACAUGAGCUGAAUGUUCAGAUGAAUGGUGAAACACGUUAACACACAAAACCUCACAUGCUUUGUCUCCAGAAUGUGAGUCGCAUAGUUUGUUUCCCACGCUUGUUGGUUAGAUGUGUGGCAUUUCAUUCAAUAUGUCAGUUAUUUGUAGCUCAUUUUCAUUGAGAGCAUCAUGAGGAAACCUGAAUCCCAUCCUGAUUUUGUACCUUCAUUUCUGCCAAAAACAUGAAAUAUACAUACAUGUAUGUAAACACCUCUGUUGUGUUUUGUACCUAAACAAUGCUAAUAAAUAUCACUGGUUUAUUCUUUGCAAAAGAA